UUCUAAAUUGGAAAUUUCAAUAGUAUACUACGCAAUCGCAUCAUCUAAAGAUACCAUGAAGAUUUGCGAUCAGAAAAAGUUUACAAGGACUUCAGUUGAAGGGGGAAUAUUCCGAGUAAAUGUUGUAAAUUGAGGAUUUGGUGGAGUAGCAGCCUGCACAAUUCAUUAGUUGACAUUGGGUUUCUAUGAAUCUUCCAAAUUCCACUUUGGGAUCAUAAAUUCAUUCAUAACUACUUUCAACACUCUUGGAGUCUUGAGUGUUGACGAUACCUAUGUUUGGGUGGCAUGGCAAAAGCUUUGCUAUGAUAAACUGAUCUGUGAUCCCUUUCUUCGUGAUUUCUCUGUGCUUGUCAUGUUCGGCUUAUUCAAUGCCCAAUAAAAAAUAGUGGGGUUUGAUUAUUAGGGACCAUCCCAAAGGACCAAUUAUCAAAUAUAUGCCUGAUAAGAUUGCCAAGAGUACAAUCCCAAUAGUCUCCAUUUAAGAAAUUGCAUAUAGGAGGUUUGACCCUAGAAUUGCAUAUGGUAAGACCUCAGAGAUGACACCUAAUAGCAGGAAGAAACUCCCUAGUUCUCAAGAGUAAAUACCCAAUAGUCUCUAACUCAGAGAUUUCAUUAAUGGCAGGAGAAACAGUACAAGUCCAAUAGUCUGUAGCUCAGAGAUUACUGAUAGAUUAUGUCAGUGACAAGAUACAAACCCUCACACAGGUCUCUGUCUUCUACAUCAAGAAGUUACGAUGUUUUCUUAAGUUUUAGAGGGGAGGACGUAAGAAGAACAUUUCUAGGUUACCUUCUAGCUGCCUUUAAAGAUGCAGGGGUUGAUGCAUUCCUGGAUAGCCAUGACAUUAAAAGGGGGGAUAUGAUUAGUUCAACUAUUCGUAAGGCAAUCGACAACAGUGAGAUUCUCAUUCCUAUUUUCUCCAAGAAUUUUGCGGCGUCCCAUUGGUGCCUGGACGAAGUAGCUCACAUGUGCAAAGCAAAUGGUAUAAUUAUACCCUUAUUCUAUUAUGUGAAGCCAACAGAGGUAAGAAAUCCUUGGAGAGGUGCCUAUGCCGAGGCUUUUGAGGGGAAGAAACAAAGAUACACACCGGAAAGAAUUAGCGAGUGGGCAAUUGCUCUCCAUGAAAUUCCCUCUUCCUCUGGCUGGUGUAUAGAUGACACAUCUGGAUCUGAGGCAGAAAAAGUCAAGCAAGUAGUCCAGGAUGUUUUAGAGAUAUUAAAACAAAAGUCGACCUCAGUUGAGGAAACUCAGCCCCAGAGCCUAGAAGGAGAACACUCAGAUACAACACCGAGAAAUGAACCACUCAGAAUUUCAAAGUCAAUCUUCAUCAAUAUGGCAGAACACGUGAGUAAAGUUAUAAAUAUGCUCAAUACAGAUUCUGAUGAGAAUGUACUCACUGUUGCCAUUUAUGGAGAUGGGGGUGUCGGAAAAACGUCACUCGCAAAGGCCAUUCACAGUCACAUUUAUCUCAAAUUUGAUGCUACCUGCUUUGUAUAUGAUGUGCGUCAUAAAGCCCAAAAUACAAAUGGUGUAGCUAAGAUGCAGCGCCAGUUAUUAAAAGACCUUGUCAAGUUCAAGGAUAAAGUUAAUGAUGAGGUUCAUGGAAAGAUGUUGAUGAAAACCCAUUUGAGGUCCAUAAAGGCCCUUGUUAUUCUGGAAUAUGUUGAUGACUGGAAGCAGUUGGAGGCUCUACGAGGGGACUGGUUUGGACCAGGUAGCAGAGUGCUUGUAACAACACUUGAUCCCAACAUACUAAAGAAUGAAAAGGGAAGUUUUGUUUAUGAAUUGCAGGGACUGGCUCAAGAACAUGCUCUUCAAUUGUUUAGCUGGCAUGCUUUCAUGAGAGAUGAACCUGAAGAUGAUUAUAAAGAAUUGUCAAGCAAAGCUGUGGAUAUUUGCAAUAGGCUGCCAUUUUCACUUGAAGUUCUGGGUGCUCAUUUGCGUAAUAGAGAUUUAAGUGAUUGGAAUCAAACCAUUCAAACGCUAGAAUGUUCAAGUUACAAUGGCAAGUACGCCAUUCCUAGACUUUGUUAUGAUGGCCUAAAAUCUGAACAAAAAGAGAUGUUUCUAGACAUGGCUUGUUUAUUCACAGGAAGAAGAUGGGAAAGUGUUAUUAGCUUUUGGGAAGCUAGUCAUUUGCAUCCCAAUGUAGGCCUAACAGAAAUGAAGCUGAAAUCACUCAUUAAAUUAGACGACAAUGAUAGACUUGGAAUGCAUAGUGAGCUGAGAGAUACGGGAAGAGCUAUUGUAGCAGAUGAAUCAGCAGAACCAGGGAAUCGUAGCAGAUUGUUUAAGCCAGAAGAGGUUCAACUAGUUUUAACGGAAGAAAAGGGAACAGAAAGGGUGAGAUAUCUUACAUACCUUCAGCAAGAUGUAAAACUCCAAACUCAUAGUUUUCAAAGAAUGUGUGAAUUGCAUUUGCUUUGGCUUAAUGCAGCUCAUUUAGAGGGAGACUACAGAAAAAUGCCUCCAAAUUUGAAGUGGCUAAGAUGGGAAAACUGCCCUCUAAAAUGCUUGCCAUGUGAAUGGAAUAUGAAGCAUGUAGUAGUACUUGAUUUGAGCUUCAGCAAAAGCAUUAAGGCACUAUGGUUAAAAUCAUCCAAUGUAGAGGGUCCGAAAAACCUCAAGGUACUUAAGUUGAAUUACUGCACAAGUCUUCAGGUCCUCCCAGAUUUAGCCAGCCACACGUCGCUUAUGCAACUGGAGCUCUGUGGUUGUAAAGAGUUGAAGGAACUACCAGAGUCCAUUGGAUUUUUGACAGAGCUUAAAUGCCUUGAUCUGUCGAAUUGCUGCAGCUUAAAGAAUUUACCCGAAUCCGUCAGAUGGUUGUCCUGCUUGGAGAAGCUGUCUCUUCAUGGUUGCCAUAAUCUAAGAAGCCUUCCUCAACCAAUCGGAGAAUGGAAGCGCUUGCGGCAUCUGGAUUUACAUUGUUGUUCUCGUUUACAGACUCUACCUGAUUCAAUCUAUGAACUUGAAAGUUUAUCCGGGUUGGAUAUGACUGGUUGCAAAGAAAUCAGCUUAGAAGAAGGGCUAGGGCACCUUGUUCGUAUGGAAAGGUUGGUUCUAAGCAAUUGUGCAGCAAUAUGGAGGUUGCCUAUAUCUACAGGUCAACUUAAUUAUUUACGACAUCUAAACCUGAAUCACUGCACUUUUUUGUCUCGACUGCCAAAGGCAUUGGGAAAUCUGAUCUGUUUAGAGGAGUUGUUGCUCAAUGAAUGCUACAAUCUACACAAGCUUCCAAAGAGCAUCGGGAAUCUGUCUUGCCUAAAGACUCUAGAAAUGGAAGAAACCUACAGUCUAUAUGUUCUUCCAGAUAGCUUUUCAGAAUUGACUUCCUUGAAGAAUCUAAAAGUAGGUGGUUGCCCUUUACCAGAACUUAUUGGAGAGUUGUCAUCACUAGAAAAUAUGCAUCUGAAGUCAUAUAGAGAGUCCUUUUUGCCACCAACUUUUGGCAGUCUUUUGCGCCUAACCAAACUCUUCCUGCAUCACUGUACACAGUUCGUGGAACUUCCACGUCUUCCAAAGGAGCUCAUUGAAGUGUGUAUUCAAGACUGUUUCGGACUAGAGAAAAUCUUUAACAUGUCACAUAUGAAGAGGCUGAAGCUGCUGAGGAUACACAACUGUAGAGAACUUGUUGAAUUGCCCGACCUUGGGUUCUUGCAGUCACUGCAAGAGCUCUCAAUCUCGGAAUGUAAGAAUUUAAAGCCAAUUCAUGGAAUUCAAGGGCUGAAAUCCUUGAGAAGAGUGCAUGUUCCAGGUUGCAGAUUGACCAGCUCAGGAAGCUCAAUAUUGAAACCUCGCCUUUUAAUCAAGGAAACACGUUGUUUAGAGUUGCUUAGUUUUUCAGCAAAUGGGGUUCCAAAGUGUUUAGAAAAGAAGAUGGAAAUUAACGGUGAUGAUGUACUGUAUGCUACAUUGGACAGUGACGAGCAAUGUUCAGGGAUUGCAAUGUCCAUUAUGGUGAGGUUCAGGAGAGGUAUUAAUUCAGUGGGUGUAGAACUAAGCACUUUAAGAGAUGACAAGGAGAUUUUCAAUACCAGGCUUGUUAACCAUUCAAAAAAUGUAGAAGGAGAUCAGAUUUUUGUGCACAUUUUGCAUAAAAAUCACCCCAUGGUUAUGAUCUUGCAGAGUGGAGAUGUGGUCCGGGCAAAGGCAGACAGAGAUGAAGAAAGAAUGAUAAGAAGUGGUGGAAUGCAAUUCCUCUCUAAAGGAGAAGAUGGGAGAAGAGAAGAUUUAUUGCUGGAGAACUUGGGAAGGGAUUUGGCAAUGUUAAUGGAAACUUACCGUGACAAUCUAGCCUUUGAAGAUGAGGAAUAAAACUGGAGCUGCGAAAUCUUCUCAGGUUACUGUUAACAGGAUGGUCCCCUUUCUCUAAGUGGCCUCAAAAAAUAUGAUGGUAUCCGAAAAUGUUUUGAACCAUAAACAUGGGUAAGUUAUCUAGAUCCUAUAUUACAUAUAUGUGAUGUUACAAGUCCUCUGUAGGCAAUUGCAAUUAAUUCAAUUCAAAUAGUCCACGCUGCCCAUUCGAAUGGAUUUCAGAUGUAUAUUUCAUACAAAUGGAAGAAAACCUGUUUGCAACAACUAUGGAAACGGCGUAUAAAAAGCGUAAGUUCUUAGAUCCUACAUGUCUGGUAUAUCAACAAAAGUAAUCUUAAUUCUAUUAUAUACUGUAAUGAUUGUCAAUUAUUUCCGGUACUUUUAAGGAUGAACCUUAUCUGGCUCAUUUUUCUGAUUAUGAACAUGGGUUUAUAUGAUCCAUUUGAUGAGCAAGAAAUAAUGAUGCGUAAUUGAUCUGAUUAUUCUAGUUCCUCAGCAAUGUUGUAGCUAUUUGAUAUAAAAUGCACAAUGCAAGUAGUUUAUCGUCACAUGCCCCACAGCAAUAGCGGGCAUGGGGGAAAGUACUAUAAAAAGAAGGAUGAAA